AGGUACUCGGUGGGGGUUAUCUGCAGCUCAAAUCCCACUUUUAUGCUUCGGCCCCUCCAAGACAUUGAAGCUCCGAUAUCAAGCCGGUCUUGAGCUACUUACCUGAAGGAACUCGCCUUGACCUUUCCAUUUCCCACCCGCCAUCAAAAAAGCUCGUAACUCUUUUCCAAAGGAAGAAGUAAAACGCCAUCCCUCCCAUUCUAGAACCAUGUCCGCACUCAAUGCCGGAGACUCGUUCCCCGAAGGCGUGACCUUCACCUACAUCCCCUACACGGAGGAGAAGAAGGACCUCAUCGCCUGCGGCAUCCCGAUCAAGUACGACGCCAGUAAGGAGUUCAGCAACAAGAAGGUCGUCCUAGUCGCCGUCCCGGGCGCCUUCACGCCGACGUGCCAGGAGCAGCACGUCGUCUCGUACAUCCGCAACGCCACCGAGCUCAAGGCAAAGGGCGUCGACCACGUCGUCAUCAUCGCGAGCAACGACGCCUUCGUCAUGAGCGCCUGGGGCAAGGCGAACGGCGUGUCCGGUGACUUUAUCAUCUUUGCUUCCGACGCGGGUCUCGAGUUCAGCAAGAGGAUUGGCUGGACUGCCGGCGACCGGACGCUGAGGUAUGCCGUCAUCGUCGACCACGGCAAGGUUACCUAUGCGGAGAAGGACGUGCCCAAGAGCAUAGCAGCAAGCGGCGCCGAGGGGGUCCUGGCUAAGCUGUAGAUCCUUUGCGCAUUUGAACGUACUACCGAGUCAGAUUCCCUUGGGGAGAUAUUAGAGACCGGGACUUAGAAAUCAACAUUCACUCUCGAAAUGCCUCUCUACCGACUGUGGUGUGUCUCACGAUGGCUAAGCGUUGCUCGUGAUAUUGCCGGACAGCUACAAAGGGG